AGAGCUAGCCGGCUGCCGCUGCCACCAACCGGAUCCUUCAGCCGCCACCGCGCACGCGUCGUCGUCCCGCUCGCCCGCCGCCGCGCCCAAGGGCCCCGCGCCAGCCCAUCGUCCCUGCCCGAGCCGCCGUCCCGCGCCAGCACCGCCCCGAGCGGAGAGAAUACAGGACCCCACCGCCACCCGCGGCGGGUCACCCGCUGGGAGGAGGGGAAGGGGGAUCACCCUCUGACUUGACUCCUCAUCCGGUUCCGCCGCCGCUGCGGUUACAACAGCGAGUCUUCCAAACUCCGGUGAGCGGACAAAUGCCCCGCCUUCUUCUUCUCCGUCGUAGCCUCAGCUAUUCCACCUCCGCCGCCGACAUGGUCGUCUCCUCCAUCCGCCUCCUCUCCGCCACGGACCCCACCAAAUCAGCCCCAACCCCCACUCCCCUUCACCCCGUUACCCCCAAUCCCGAUCCGGUAGCAGCUCCUCCCCCUCCUCCUCGCACCACCACCACCAUCCUCCUGUCCCCGGCGGACCGCCUCCGCGGGGUCUUCCUCCAGAAGCCCCCCGGCCGCGCCGCCCUCCACCGGGCCCUCUCCUCCACGGGCCUCGAUGCCGUCUCCCCGGAGGUUCUCUCCGAUGUGGUCAGCCGCGGCAACCUCAGCGGCUCCGCCACCGUCGACCUCCUCGACUGGGCCAUCUCCAACGCCAAGCUCCCCCCUUCCGUACAUACCUGCAACAUUGUCGUCAGAGCUCUGGGCAGGAGGAAGUUCUUCAGCUCCGUCGAGCCUGCCCUGGAGGUAAUGCGGAAAAAUGGCAUCUUUCCGGACCUAACCACGCUGCAGAUCAUCAUGGAUACUCUGGUUGCCGCCAGGCAGGUCAACAAGGCCGUCCAACUGCUCGAGAGCGACCAAUUUGGGAUAGGGGUUGGGCAAGCUUGCCACAGAAAGGAGGCCUUCUCUACUCUCAUCGAAUGCCUCUGCCGGAGGUCACAUGUUGGCGUUGCCAGCUCGCUUGUACAGGUCGCUCGCGGAGAGCCUUUUGAUCUUGAUAAACAAGUGUACAAUGACGUGCUUGGCGGUUGGGCGAGGUUUGGGAGGGUUGAUAAGCUGCAGCAUUUCUGGGCAAUGAUGCUGGAGGAUGGGCUAGUGCCGGAUGAUGUUUCGCAUUGCCAUCUCAUCGAGGCAUUGGGGAGAGCAGGGCAGGCCGAGGAGGCACUCAGGGUGUUUGAGAAAAUGGUGCAAGAGGGAUUUGGUCCAACUACGAUGGCCUACAAUGUACUUGUUUUCAAUUUUAUCUCAAUGGGGGAUUUGGACAGGUCCAUCAGGUAUUACAAGGAUAUGGUGGAAAAUAAUUGUCCUCCAAACAGUGACACAUACUGCAAGAUGAUUGGAGCCCUUUUGAAAACACGCAGGGUGGCUGAUGCACUUCAAAUGUUUGAUGACAUGUUGGCUCAAGGAGUUCUGCCAGAUACAGGGGUAAUUACAUCAUUCAUUGAGCCACUUUGCACAUUUGGGCCUCCUCAUGCUGCCUUGAUGAUCUACCAAAAGAGUAGGAAGGCUGGGUGUACGAUAUCCUUGAAAGCAUACAAGCUUCUGCUUGAAAGGCUUGCCAGGUUUGGGAAAAGUGGGACAGUGUUGAACAUUUGGGAGGAGAUGCAAGAGAGCGGGUAUCCAUCCGAUAAAGAAAUUUACGAGUUUAUUGUAAAUGGGCUUUGCAAUGUGGGUAAGGUUGAUGCUGCUGUUUCCGUGGUGGAGGAAUCACUUAGGAAAGGCUUCUGUCUAGGGAGAGUUAUUUAUAGCAAACUGAACGACAGGCUGCUGGAGAUGGACAAAGUGGAGACUGCAUACAGUUUGUCAAAGAAAAUCAAACAUGGACGGACACUUGCUAAUUCACGCAACUAUUGUCGUGCUAAUGGUUGGCACUUGUGAACAUACUUGGUUGUAACGCAACCAUUUGGUAUGCUGGUCAGUUCCAUAUGGGUUUAAAAGUACGCUCAUUUGCAUUCUGCAAAAAAAAUUGGCAAGAUAAAACUCAAGUUUGGCUGGUGAAAGGUUCUGUAACUACCUAUGCCAUUAUCUUCACACGAUGUAGGUUGUUGAUGUUUCAUGAAGAUGCAAUCAUGGAUUCAGGAGAUAAUUGCCCAGAACAGUUGCUAUCACGUAUGAGGACAGAUAUAUCACGUGAGGUCAAAGAAGAGAACUGGUUGAACAAUUACACAAGAAGAAAAUGAAAAGACAGAGCACCUUAUUAUAGAAAUGAUGAAAUCCGUGGGGCUUGCAACCAUGGAAUGAAAUCCCAUACGACAAAUCUCCUCUGGCUUGUCAGGUGCUAUUUUCGAGCAAGGUAUCAGCAGAUACUGUGUUUGAACAUGAUUGCUAGCAAAGAAUAGACAGGAUGAAAUGUACAGUUCAGUCAUUGUUUCUUCCAUGAUUGCUAGCCUCAGGUAUAUGAACUGAAUACUAGCAGUUAUUCCUCUUAGUUUUGUGCAUUUUUGUUAGUUAAAAUCUGAGUUUUGCAGCUAGGACAAGUGUUAAAUAAGCUAUGGUCAACCUGUAUAAUGUAGUUGACCGUGUCUGUUAUCUUCUGAUGAUAUUUGACAGCUUAUGGAUAGAAAUGCAUAUUUCAGUUUUUAUAGCUAUUAACACUUGCAAGUUACUGCACUGCUAGCUAAAUUCUGGUUAGUAAGUCUGUGUCCGCCUCCUGCUGAAAUUUGGUUGUGAUUGAGACAGGUUUUUUUUUUCUGAAGUUACUGCACUGCAACUGUAUUGCUUAUUUGAUUUGCCUAUCCAUUUUUUUUUCUGAAGUUGAGCUGGUAAGUUUCAGAUGUUCAAUGAUGCGCUAGGGAAAAAUUGGAUGAAAAAAGAUGUGUGUGGCUGUCUGAAAGAAGUAUUUGCACAAACAAAUUAUAAUUAAUGUGUUGAUGAAAUUUUGGGUUUUCAAAUUGGAACCAAAAACCAACCCAUACCUUUAGACUCUUUUGGAAUUUCCAGAACAAUUUUUUGUUUGUUCCCUUUCACUGUUUGGGGACUUUUGACUUCAGAAUGAACCUUUCCCCCUUUCCCCUUUUCUGUGGAUGUAUGUGUGCUGCUUAAUUCCUGUAUGUAUGCAUGUUUGUCCUAUCAAGAUUCUCUGUUUCUUUCUGUAAACUAGUGGUUUUAGUUCGAUCUGAAUCUGGGUUAUUUAUAUAUAUUUGACAAUUUGACAUGUUUCACUUUCUGAUCUACAAAGGUCCACAACUUGUCGCCUGGGAUCAUCAGAUAUUGGAUCCAUCCAUCAGAGGUAUGCUUCAGUUAGUUUCUGUAUUUCCAGAUUUUCCUCCAUGGGUAAUAUGGAAGAUUAGCCUUUGACUCGUGUGUCUGUGUGUGUGUGACACGUAGCUGCAUGCUUGACAAUGGAUAUUUGUGUCAGUGUGGAUGUUGCUACAUUAGAAUGCCCCCUUGAGGUCCCACUUGAUUUUUUUCUUCAUGCAUCUAUGUUCAGAUUUGGUUAGCGUGUCAUCUUUGGUAUCAACUUGGAAGGCAAUUAUCCAUGGAUUACGAUUCAGCAUUUAACAAUGUUUUCUUAACAUCUGUACCAAAGACUAUACUUAUGUGUGUAAAAUGAACACUUGGAUAAUUGGAUUUCUUGAAUGCUUCUUUUACCAAUAUCAGACUUAUAUUC